UGUGUGGGGGCAGCUGCUGGUCUCUGCAUCCCCUCCCCCUCUCUUGUGAGGACCAGGCUGGAUUUCUGAGCCUCUGCCUGGCUUGGAAAACCCCCUGCAGGAGGCCUGCAUAGUGCAGAGGCUUGGUGGUGGUACUCCAUACUGGGUCUUUGUGGAGGUUUUGCUCAGGCCUCCCUGGCAGAGAAUUGCUUUUUUACAUUCUCCUGAAUGUGGCAGAGCAAAUGGCCCAUAGGAUCAGGCUCACAUGCUGGGGGUUCUGGGUUUGAUUCCCCAGGUCAUGCAUGUGUGGAUGUGAUGCUCUGGUUUCUCUCUUCAGUGCAACUCUCCUAUGCAAUCAAGACAUCUUGAAAAAUAGACAUGACUGGGUUCACCUGAUGGUGGAAAUCUUGGUCAAUUUCUCCCUGGGGGGGGGGGAGUUGGGGUUGUAUUGUUAUGUGGAAAACUGGAAAAUGUUAUGCAUGUAGAAACUAUUGUAUUUUACUGUCAACUGUAAUACAUUAAACCCUCAAUAACGAAAUUUUAAAAAACAAUCCUGAGAAAGGAAAGGUCUCACCCGAGUAAUGAGGCUGAUGUGUUGACACUUCAUUCCUCAUAUCUCUGGACACAGUCCGAAGUGAAGCAUACCAAGGUGGUACUGGUUGCAUUGAUUAGGUUGGGAUUAGGAGAUGCAAUGUAAUUUGGUACGAAUUGAGACAAGCAUGCCCUAGAUCUAAUGGAUGGGGUUUACAGUCAACAGUAUUCACAGACCUUUCCCAUGUUUGGGAGCUACUCUCUUCCAUGAUCCAGCUUUCUAGCCCUUUUUCGAGCCAUGACAUCAUCUCCCCAGACAAUAACUUAGGUCCACCUGCAUAAUAGAUGUCAGGCUCAGAGGAAAAAAAAAAAAAAAAAAAAACUAGUAUAGCCAUGGGCCCUUUGGAAUAUAACUAAAAUAGGCCUACUAAGUAUCUACAAAACAGAGACCCCCCAAAUCUUCAUCUGCAAUAUUACAACCUUUAGUUUCAUGAUUAGUCAACAAUUUGUUUGGCUUUGUAUGUUAACUCUUUUUCAGUCACCAGGUUCCAGAUGCUACCAUGAUGCCAAACAGACUUCCCUGGGCAGAUGACCCCACCAAUGUGUCCUGGAGCUCUGCUUCCCCAGAGCCCUGCCCCACUAGGGAAAGAAAGAGAUGGGCUGGGAGUAUGGAUCAACCAGUCAACGCCCAUGUUCAGUGGCGAAGCACUUACAGAAGCCAUACCUUCCACCUUCUGCACCCCAUAAUGAGUCUGGCAGUAGCGCAGCAGGUUAAGUGCGUGUGGUGUCAAGUGCAAGGACCAGCCUAAGGAUCCUGGUUUGAGCCCCCAGCUCCCCACCUGCAGUGGAGUCACUUCACAGGUGGUGAUCAGCAAAUCUGCAGGUGGUCUUCCUGCAUCGCUGCCUGAGCUGAGCUUUUCCUGCAAAGUCACUUCUGACUGUGUCCAGGCUGAGCACUGUCCCCAGAAGUUACAGUGACUCUCCUGAGGUGGGUUUCGGGGUAUAAGAACCCCGGGAGCCCAGCAUCUUCGUUUUACAACUCCACUCCAUUUACAUUGAGGUUCCUGCUGUGCUAAGGUGCUGAGAUGAGCCAUCACCUGUACAUUUGCUUGUUCAGAAACCUGUCUCUUGUUGGUCACCACCAGAUCCACAUCUACCUCCAUUCUCAUCUGCUUGUACAGACACAUUAUGAUGUGAGGGCAUGUGUUUUCAGACACAAUGGGAAUAAUAUUCGUCAUCUGUUAGGUAAGAUUUGGCUCAAGAGACAGUGUCAUCAGGAUACCAGGAUGCUUUGGAGGCAGAAGGCACUACAGAAGUACAUGGGGAACAUGAACAAGGAGUAUCAGACUUUGGAUCAGUGCUUGCAGAAUGCUUCUGUGCAUGAAGGGGACUGGAGGUCUGUGAAGCGGAGGCAUGCCCAGUUGGCACCACUGGUAGCCAUCUUCCAGGAAAUCCAAGAGGCUGAGCGAGCCAUAGAGGAGCUAGACUCAAUGUGUGCAGGUCUGAAUAAAGAAGAUGAAAAGCAGUUACAAGAACUUGCUGUAGAAGAAAAGGAAACAAUCAUUCAAAAAAUUAGCAUGUUAUACAAUGAGCUCUCCCAGAAUCUAAUACCAAAGGAAAAACAUGACAAAAAUGAUGUUAUUUUAGAGGUGACAUCUGGGAGAACCACUGGAGGUGAUAUCUGCCAGCAGUUUACUCGGGAGAUAUUCAACAUGUACCAGAAUUAUUCAAAUUAUAAACACUGGAAAUUUGAACUUGUCAAUUAUGCACCAGCUGAAUAUGGUGGGCUGCACCAUGCAGCUGCCCGGAUUUCAGGCAACAACGUCUACAAGCAUUUGAAGUAUGAAGGUGGGAUCCAUCGAGUACAGCGUAUCCCAGAGGUGGGCCUGUCCUCACGGAUGCAGAGGAUUCACACAGGGACAAUGUCAGUCAUUGUCCUUCCCCAGCCAGAUGAGGUAGAUGUGAAAGUGGACCCUAACGAUCUGCGAGUGGACACAUUUCGAGCCAAAGGAGCUGGAGGACAGCAUGUGAACACUACAGACAGCGCAGUCAGGCUUGUGCAUGUCCCCACAGGGCUUGUAGUUGAAUGCCAGCAAGAACGCUCCCAGAUAAAAAACAAAGAAAUCGCUCUGCGUGUGCUUCAAGCUAGGCUUUACCAGAAGAUUAUUGAGAAAGACAGGUGUCAACAGCAAAAUGCCAGAAGACUGCAGGUUGGAACAAGAGCCCAGUCAGAAAGAAUUCGGACCUACAAUUUCACCCAGAAUAGAGUCACUGACCACAGGGUAGGAUAUGAAGUCCGAGAUAUUAAGGAUUUUUUAUGUGGGGAGAAGUGCCUGGAUCAACUAAUUCAGAAGCUGCUCCAAUCAGCAGAUGAAGAAGCCAUUACUGCAUUUUUGGAAGAAAACUUUAAAUCUGCCAAAUGAAUGAUGACUCAUUAUUGACAUUAUG